AUCAGAAUUGGAUCAUGUUUUUGAAUUCUUUGUGGAUCUCUCUCUCACUCCUUGCUGAGCCAGAGGGAGGUGCGAGAGAACGAGUUAAACUAGAGGGAAGGUGGAAAGGAAACGUGAAACGCCUUGACAACAAUCUCUUCAGUUGCGUGAUUAGAUCGGAGAGAACGUACACUGUUAACACGAUAGGUAUUCUCCUCAACUACUUUUCUUUAGGGAUUUACUUUGAUGAGCCUACGUUGUCUCUUCCACCUUUUCCAGAGGCUGAAACCACUGAACAAGAUCCUAAAGGAACGUUACGGUGGUGGAAAUACAAAAAUAAAAAAUACUCUUCACAGAUUUUUGUGGCGAAAAGUGGAUUGUUCAGUUGUUUUGAGGAUAUUUAUGACUUCCAACGGAAGUAAAAACAUAAUAAUAUUGCACCAGACAGACGUUGUGGUGUUUUGACAACUACCCAACCGGACGUACGAGUUUUACUAUGGCUGGAAUGUCGUGACCAGAACAUCGGAAUCCGAAGCAACUCCAACGGAAUAGUGUCUGGAUCCAGUCGAUCUUAUUAUUAACUCUCAAUAGCCUAUAGACGUAUCGAUCGGAUCCUGCGGUUUGGUUUGAAUAUCGGAUCAAUAUAAGUUAUAUUGCGUAUCACUGAGGAGGAGAGGAUGAGUGGGGGAGCGGACGUGGUGUACGCCGGCUGGCUGAGGAAGUCACCGCCGGAGAAGAAGUUACGGCGCUAUGCGUGGAAGAGGCGUUGGUUUGUUCUGAGGAGUGGUCGACUGACCGGAGACCCUGACGUUCUAGAAUACUACAAACAUGACCACGCACGCAAACCCAUACGCAUCAUCAACAUGAGCCUCUGUGAACAGGUGGAUGCAGGCCUAACCUUUAAUAAAAAGGAUUUGGACAGCAGCUAUGUGUUUGACGUGCGGACAGUGGAGAGGGUAUUCUACCUGGUGGCUGACAGUGAGGAGGACAUGAACACAUGGGUCAGGUGUAUCUGUGACCUGUGUGGAUUCAACCCUACUGAACGUGAUAGACCCACCGUCACCGCCCACACUCCGACAGUCACCACAGGCCACGCCCCCGUCUUCAUGGCGACCACCGUCAUGGCCCCUCCGCCCUACCAGCCGGUCAGUGUGAAGCAGCUGGAAUCAGUCACCAGUGAGGAGGACGGAACAGAGUACCUGUGGCUGUCACACUGCCAGAGCAAGACACCACACAGGCCUCCAGUUAGUUCCUACCACUCCACCUACUCUGACACAACAGACUACAACGACAACACUCUCCCGUCCCACUGGCCUCCUCCCUCUUCUUCCUCCUCCUCUUCCUCACCCUCCUCCCUCGCUAAAGACCUCCCCCCUCACGCCCACACCGCCAUCGGCCCCUGGGCCGUCGCCACGGAGACCAACCCUUUUAGCCAAUCGCAGGACAGCGUGUUAACCCCUGAACUCCGUAGGGGCUGGACUAGGGGCCACCCGUCCCCCCACCCCAGAAAACACUCCCUCCAGCUGCAGGCUGUGUCUCUCCCUCCCAUCUGUAAGGACACGGUCUUCAACACAGGGAUAAACAGUAUAAACACUAAAUCAGACAGUUUGAAUUCUAAUAGCAACACAACUUACCAGGUACCCUCCUCUACUCCUACCGCAAGCUCACCCACACCAGGUCAGGGUGACUCCUCCACCCCUCCACCACGCCCCCCCAAGCCGCUGGUCUCUGCCCCAGCCGAGGUGUCUUCUCUGGCCACUCUGUCGACCUCCCUCUACCGGUCUGCUUCGGAACCAGAGAGCAGCUAUGGAGGAGGAGGAGGAGGUAGAGGAGGAGAAGGACAGGGAGGAAGGGGAGAAAGAGGCAACAAUCCCAGAGCACCUCGUUGUAACACUAUAGCUACCUCAGGCUACACACACACAGGCACAGGUUCCCAGGAGAGCUAUGCUGUACCAAGGUCCCUCGCUGACCAGACCAGACUCAGCAUGUCUGACCAGACCAGACUCAGCAUGUCUGACCAGACCAGACCCAACAUGUCUGACCAGACCAGAGCCAGCAUGUUUGAAUUUAGCGACAGCUUCAACAGCUACUUUAUGAAUAAAGGCAUGGUACCAUUAGGUGGAAUGUGUCCAGGAAAGCAAGAUGUCGAUGAGAACUAUGUUCCCAUGAACGCCACCGACACCUCCCUCGUCUCCCUACCUCCCCCCUCUUUCCCCGACCCCACCUCCCUCGUCUCCCUACCUCCCCCGUCUUUCCCCGACCCCACCUCCCUCGUCUCCCUACCUCCCCCCUCUUUCCCCGACCCCACCUCCCUCGUCUCCCUACCUCCCGCCUCCUUCCCCGACCUCACCUCCCAGGAUUCUAACUAUGUCACUAUGACCCCAUGCCUUGGAGAAUUGCCUUCUCUGGGGAGACAGGUACCCCCGCCUGCACACCUGGGGUUCCGCUCCUCCCCCCACAAGCCCCACACACGCCCAUCUCGCAGACACACCACCGGGGGAGGAGGGGGAGAAGGGGGAGGAGUGAGAGCCACUCAACCACCACCCAUUCACCGCAACCUCAAACCCCGGAAAGGUAAACCCACCCCUCUGGACAUAACACCUCUGCAGGAGUGGGAGGAGCUACCGGCACCUGUACGAUCACCUGUCACCAGAACCUUCACCCGAGAUCCGUCCAGCUGCUACACGUGUCCGUCCUAUAGACCCUCCACCUGCCAAAGCUCCGCCUCCAGCUCAGACUCGGACGACCCAGACGCCAACUACGUUGCCAUGACAACCUCCAACAUCGCCCUCGCCGUGUCGACCCUGCGUGGGGACAGCCCCAUGGUCUUACGGAGGCCUAGAGGGGACAAACAGGUUGAGUACCUGGACCUGGACCUACACACGGGUAGAGUGGCCACACCCCCACGACAGAAAAAGAGUGUGUUGGGUGACUCGAUAGGUUCGAGCGAAGGUGAGCGUGCACGUGAAGGUGAGCGUGCACGUGAGCGUGUGGACUAUGUGGUCGUUGAUCCUGAGAGAACCAGAGCUCUGAAAAGUACCAGGGAGGCGUGGCACGACGGGAGACAGUCUACUGAGAAGGACAAAUAACACACGCACACACACUGAACAGACACACACACUGAACAGACACACACACUGAACAGACACACACACACACACUGAACAGACACACACACUGAACAGAUACACACACACACACACACACACUGAACAGGCACACACUGGACACACACCAACUGAACAGACACACACACUGAACAGACACACACACUGAACAGAUACACACACACACACACACACACUGAACAGGCACACACUGGACACACACCAACUGAACAGACACACACCAACUGAACAGACACACACACACACACACACUGAACAGACACACACACACACAAACACACUGAACACACACACACACACACACUGAACACACACACACACACACACACUGAACACACACACACACACACACACACACACACACACACACACACCUCUCCAAGCGGACCCGGCUCCAUGAGGGGGUAAAAGGGGACUCAGACCCCUCAGUGUUAGUUUCAUGUCCUUUAUAUAAAAAUAGUCCGAAAGUUCAAAUGAUUGAGUGACAGGUUGGCACAAAAUCUGUAAUCUGUAAUCUGUCAUCUGUAAUCUGUAAUCUGCUUCAGUCUGUCAUUCAGAUAUAAUGUCCAUACAGUCCUCCUCUGGGACUCACUCUACAAGUUCUUAAAGAAACCAACAAAAACCUUGAAUAGAGUACCGGAA